CGCGAAGAGCAGCCAAUUACGACGACGGCCCAUCUGUGCGGCCACAGCAUUUUGCUCAAGCGCACUCUGGAGAAGGCAGAAGCCUCAGACUCAGAGAAGGCGGCAAAACAAUCUGCUGAAGUCAGCACAAGUCCACAGACAGCCAGCGGACUUCUACAAUUUAUCUUCCGCCGACGUGGCGGAGUCGGCAAAUGGGUAGCUUGUAUUGCCCAUGUCUUUUAUGUGCGGUUGUGGCUUUCGCUGCUGACGUGUUCUUUCUGUAGUCAGAGGUUGAGAUGGCAAAAGAGGCAGAGCAGGACGAUCCCUCACCUUCUUCCAUCUCAAGUGUUCUUACAUUGCCCGUUGACAUUGUUGUGAGAAGGGUGCGCAACGUGCGAGAAGCAGAGCUCCUUCUCCAAGUCUCUUCCACCGCCAGCAACUUUGAGUCCGCCGUCUCUGUCUACGAGGUCCUGGCCCUGAAAAUUGAGGAACUGAAGGAGGGAUGGGAUGCCUUGUGGCUCAGCGACGAGGCGUUCUUGAACCCUGGCAUACCCCUCGUUGGCCAAGCCAUGUCUCAACAAAACGCCGCACGGGGCCAUGUAAUCCAGCAGAUCGAGGACCUGGUCGCAACCCUUCAGCAGCAAGCGACGGCGCUCGUUCAGUUUGCGGACAUGCACCGGAGCUACGCCCGCGAACUCAGCGCAGAGGGGCUCGGCAAGCUGGCUGCGGAGAAGCUCCUGCUGUGCGACAUCGAGCAGGAGCUAUCGGCACGAAUUACCCGCAUCUGCGGCGGAGGUGGGCUGGCCGGCCUGCGCCCACUUUGUGACGUCGUCCAACAGAUGAAAGCCUCACUUCUUACCUCCCCAAAGCCGAACCCCCGGCCAGCAGAGCGAACCGGUGCUGAAGAGCGCCGGAGCGGAGUAGAGCCUGGCGGUCACGCCGUCGGCUUGACGGCAGUGGGAACGGAACGGGACGGUUUUGCAGGCGAGACGGUCGAAAGGGAAACGGGAACGGAAACGGAGAAGGCCGGGAUUCGGGGCAGGAACGAGUUGCUAGUGGAUGGCGUAGAGAGGAUGUCCCGAGGAGAGGAAGCAGGGAUUGCGGUCAGGGAAGAGACCCAGGAAGAUAACGCAAUGGAACAGGCUGAGAAUGAGUCGACUCCUGUGGGAGUGGCAGAAAAACCAGUGGGGUUGAGCGAUGAGUUGCACGCAGAGAAGGCCGGCGCAGGCAGCCGGAACGGGUUGGCUGAGAAAGGAACAGAUGAGACGGACAGGCUGGAACUAGGUGUGGGUUCGAGGAAGCGUUUGAGAGAAGAUGACGCUGAGGGUAAAAGGGAGCAGGAGCAAUUAUCACUUGGUAUCGAGAAGUCGGGUCUUUCAAAGCGGUUGAGGGGGAAUGACGUCGGUGCCGGCUAUGAAGACGAUCCGCGGAUCGGUGCCGGGGCGGGGCAAGCCAGCCCCGGGCGUCGAGCGGAACAUCCGAUUGGUGACGGGCAGAUUACGGGGACAUUGGAACAAGAGCUGACCCGGCCGGGCCCCUUCUCGCCUAACCUGGCGGCGUCGUUUCAGCUGGAGGAGAGACCGGAAGGAGAAGCGCCGGAACAGGAGAGACCGGAGGAGGAGAAAAUGGAGCAGGAGAAUGCGGAAACGAAGGGAUCGGAAGAGGAGAGACCGGAAGGAGACAGACCCGGAGAGAAGAGAGCGGGGCGAGGAAGAUCGGAAGAGGAGAGACCGGAAGUUAGACCUGAAGGGAAAAGACCGGAAGAGGAGAGACCGGAAGAUAGACCGGAAGGCAAAAGACUGGAAGAGGAGAGACCGGAAGAGGAGAGACUGGAAGCGAACGGACCGGAAGAGGAGUGGCCUGAUGAGAGUGGCUCGAAGGAGGCGCCUGGCAGCGACGAGAUUGACUGGGGAAAGGUGCGAAACCGAAGGGGGGGCAGUCAGGGUGACGCGAGCGCUCCCGCUGCUUCCGCGGAGGAAGGCUCUAGGGGGGCGGAAAGUGGGGACGAAAGGCUCGGCUCAGAGACGGAGCAACGACGAGAGCAGGAUGCCUCCAUCUCGUCGCGAGAACGCCAGCUGCUGACCGAUGAGAAGCUCACCCCGGGCUCGAGUUCCGUCUCCCGGGGCAUGUUUCACGCCACCCAGUCGCCCCCCAGCAGCGGAAAGGGAGCCGGAGACACCCCUCCAAGCAGCGGGAAAACUCCCAAAAACACUCCUCUCAGCAGCGGAAAAAGAUUCGGAAAUCCCUCCCCAGGCAGCGAAGAAGGACUCGGGAACAUUCCCCCCGCCUCAAGUCCCGUUCCUCAGGGCAGCCUUCGUUUUACUCAGUCGCCUUCGAAGAAAGUGCCCGGUGAUUCACCCCUGGGCAGCAGUGGCGGCCUUGCGGGCGUCGACGAGCGGUCUUUGACAGGUCGGGGCACUUUCCAAAGAAAGCUGGACGGUUUUGUAACGCUAGACGGUGGUCUCCAGCGGAGGUCAUACCCGACGACUGUCGUUAUCGGACCGCGCGCAAUGCAGCCUCCAAACAUUUUGCCGACCUCACAUCACGCCAGCGCUGAAUUCAGCUUCGACCGAGAAGCGGGCGAAGGACCCGAUCCUCGCUCUGGUUUAGAGAAAGAGGAGAGGACCCUUGAAAGUUCCUCGCAUCAGGACCCGGUGAAGUCUGGACAAGUGGCGUCCCAGGAAGCAACGCCCCCGGAGCACUCCCCCGGUAGUCAGACCCAGUCUCUCUUCCAGAGCCAGGCAGAGCAGGCGGGGAGCCAGCGGACACCCGGUUCAAAGCUCUCGCCCGGAAAGAGCGGCGGAAAUGACGGGCAUCACGGGAGUCCUCCGAGCAAUCUCGCCUUUCAGCUGCGGCUCUCCGGUUCGUCUUCGUCACCGUCAAAGUCGCCCGGGUCGGAAAAGCUGAGCCAAACCGGGGGCGGGUUGUUGUUUGAGAACGGGUUGCGAAAACAGAGUCGGGUUAUGGCUCACAGCGAAAGCGGGCGUGCGGUUCUCGAGGGCGGAACGACGGAACUGGAGGCCGGAACGGAGACGCUAAACCAAGGUUUGGGUGCCUUGGGAGUCGAGUUACGGAGCCAAAGUGAACGCGCGAGUUGGCGAAUUGCUACCUUCAGCCAGAGCGGGGGUUCACUUCUGGAGGGCGGAACAACGGAACUAGAGGGCGGAAGUGGAAGGACGGAGGGUGAAGUAGCGAGAGUUGCGGGCGAAACGGUGGAAUUGGCGGGCGGAACGGCGGGGGGGCCGGAAGACGGAAAAGGGGUCUGGGAAGGCGGAACGGCGCAAGUAGAGAGCGGAAUAGCAGGACUGCAAAGUAAAAGUAUGGCAGCAGAGGGCGGGUCUGCAGAAAUCGAGGACGGAAUGACGGAAAGGGAGCGCGGAAUAACGGAGAUGCCGUCGUUUGCAGCCGAUGGAGCCGCAAGAGCUGCUUCUGCUGAGCACAACUUGCUGUUCGAAACCAGGCACGCACACGUCGGAAGGGGUCUUGAAUUGACGGAGGGGUUUGUGUCGCGUGCCCUUAAUAACGGUGACAGGCCAGCAGUAGAGAAGUCCGGCGGGCCGGAAGCUCUGCGCACGGGAGAGCGGAUCAGCGGAGCGCUGUCUCGUGGGCGGAACGUCACAGCGGAGCGGAAGACGCACGAUUUUGACGAAGAUGCCGCGAACGCGGGUAAGAAAGAAGGAGCGCUUUCAUUAGCCGUGGCAGCAAAUAAACGGCCUCCAAGCUACGCAGGAGUACGCGCCUGCGAGCCGGAGUGGCGGGAAACGGCGUCCGCUGCUCGUGGAAAGCCGUCCAACCAGAGCCACUCGUUGCCGGGCGGCAAAGCGCAGGCUGACGCGGUCUGUACCGCCGCUGUGCCUGAUUCUGAAGAGGGGGGCAGCCAAUCCAGCGGGAGGGGCGUCGAUCCGGGGGCAACGCCACCCCCCUCCAGCAAGAGUUGCUCGCGUGACGACUUGCCGGAACGGGGCGGGGAGUUGCUGCCGAAGGAAGGAACUUCAACUGGGGCUGACCGGUUGAUGUACAACCGGGCAAGCGCUGCUGUUGGCAUAGGAAGGGAAGCGAAUUCAGGAGAUGGUGCCGAAACGGCAUCGGAGUCGGGUGAAACGGAACUAGUGCCAGAAACUGAGGAGACGGAGGAAGAAACCGAGGAGCAGGGGUGCGGUCAGGAGAAGGCGUCUCUUGGCCGCGAACCCGCUCUUACGGCGUCGCCCUGCCGGGCGUCUGAGUCGCCGGGGAUGUCGGGAUCUCAGCCCCUCUCUCAAUCGCAGGUGUUUUGACUUGGUAAAGGUCUGCUCAAGCUGACCGCUCUUGAAAAAGAGAGAGACAUGCUCUUCUACAAAGUUAGAUAUAGCUAGUGCUCCUUGUUGUUUAAGGGGCGUCUUAAAGUUGACGGUGAGAGAGAGCUGCUUAUAUGGCUGCACAUUAGGUACGUGGUGGCAUGAGGACGCUCUUCAAAUCGCUGCGACAAGCUCGACCAUUGGAUCAAGG